UGUUGCCAGGGAAGAUGACAGUCGAUUAUUUGGCUAGUCCUGGCUACAGCUUAGAUGAACAUGGAUUUUCUUUAGUCUGUGUGUGAGAUAGAGAGAGUCGGGGUACACAUCGAGAACACAGCUGGCCCCAGUCUGUGGACACAAACAUUUUAUUGACGCUCCUGUAGGUGACAGUUCAAAUCUUUGCAAGGAGACAUGGCAAACGUCCUGACAAGACCGCCUAAGAACUACACCAAGUUCAAAUACGACGAUUCCCACAUCUACUUCCCCAAGCAGCUCUUUGAUGGUGAGGCGGGGCAGUUGCCGCUCUUCCUCGUCGUCGACGUGGGCUACGACAGCGAGGACGACAACCACAAGUACAUGGAAGCCUUCGAGUCUGGCGAGUUGCUGUUUGCCUUCAAGAGAGGAGUUCAGAAGAGAGUCUUGAUUCAUGACUCACACUCCAGGACCCUUAGUCUGCCGCUGAGCUCGCCCCUCACUUUUAAUGCCAGGAGCUACCCCGGAGGAGCGGAGGCUGUGACUGUGAGGGACAUCGUGAAGAACAUGAAGAUGCCGGUUCACAUGAGUUUCGCCAGGAAAGACAACCUCGUCUUCUCUGUUAACCCUAACCCUGUUAACCACACCUUCUUUGGGGAUCUGGUCCUGGUUGCUGUGUAUGAAGAACCUUUCUUCUCCUGCCUCUCAGUUGGUGGUACAGACGGCAAGCCGCGGGAGAAACUUCAAGUCUUGCCUCGCCGGCUGAACCAAGUCCUCUUUUCACUAGUGAACGGCCUUGUUGGUGUGAAAGAUCCACAGGAAAAGCUAAAACCAGUCAUAAAAGAGCUGACAGCGGCCAGUGCCAAGUACAGUCUGGACAACGACCCCUUCUAUCAAGAAUUGGCCAUCGUCGAUAAGAAUCGACGGGUGAUGACAGAAGCCGAGAUCCCGGACUACAUUGAGCACAACACUUUCAUCGACAUCAGCUACAAGAGACGAGAAGUACCCGACAUCCCAGGUGGGCCCCCACGCCAUCUUCCCCGCCUGCCCGCGGCAAAAGCCUCGGAUGCCGACAUCCCCGUGACACGGAAGAUUGAGGUCAACAAGUCAAAGGACGACACACGGUCUGCAAUGAAAAAGCCGAUGUUCACCUGGACGAUGUCUAGAAUGUUCACUGUCAGAGAUGUCUUCAACGGAAUGGUAGGUGACGUGCCCUUGCUUCUCUCCGUCACUUCCGGCUUCUACCGCAACUCUAGCGGACCUCACGUUAACCACAUGGAAAAGUUCGAGACCGGGGAGAUGCUGUUUGCCUUCCAGAGGGCUUUUCAAAGAAGAGUGCUGUUACACGACUCUCAGAACAGGACCCUAAGUCUCCCACAGUCAUCACCCAUCCUCUUCAGAGUUAACGGGUUAGAGAAGACGACGACGCUUGACGAUGUAGUGAAGACGACGACCCUUCCCGUGAGGCUGAGCUUUGCCCAGAAGGAGGACCUGCUCUUCAUCGUGGACCGCAGCUACAGGACACACGAGUACUUCGGAGACCUGACACUCGUGUCGGUGUACCUGGAGCGUUUCAUCUGCUGCUUAUCAGUUAGAAAUGAAGACGGAAAGGUGACAGACAAAGUCGUUUCUUUGCCCUGUCGACUGCGGCAGUUGGGGAUCUCAAUGGUGAAUGGAAUCCAAGGAGAAAGUGGGCGUCAGGAGAAGUUCAGAGAGCUCCUUAAGACUUAUAAGGAAACUGCUGAGAAGUUCCCUCUUCCUAAAGAACUUUUUUUCACAGAGCUGGCUUUAAUCAGCAGAAAAACAAAGAUUAUUAACGAAGCGGAUAUUCCAGAUUACAUAGAUGAAAACACAUUCAUAGACAUCCUGAUGAAAAGGUCAGGUCAGCGACAAGACGACGGACAAGUGAACGCCCCACCCACGAUACCAAACGAUCAGGAGGAGUCUCUGUACGACACAUUGUCUCCCAGUGACAAAGACAGUCACCUGUACAUUUCCUCUCAGUCUGAUGCCAUUAAAAACUUUCCAAUGAAAGAAAACCUACAGGACAACUCUUCAACAUUGAAAACUAAUGUUGUUGUGAAGACCCAACAACCUCUUUCGCCUUCGUCAAAGCAAGUCAUUACAGAACUUCAACAAAAGCUAUCGACGGAGGUGCCACCCCCUCUUUCGAAUCGUCCACAGGUGGCGCCCCCUUCAGUGAAUGCUACUCCAAUAUCUUCGCCGGCGCCCGCACUGCCACCUGUUUCUCACCGAGCACCUCUGAGGUCGACAGGCUCUGGCGAGGCAAGUGAAAACCCACAAACCUUGAUGCUGUCUCCAGCGUCCAGCAGACCAAACCUUUUCCAAGUCCCCGACCAGGCCAUGUCUAGGUCGACCAGACCACUCCAAGAUCCACCCAGAGGCUUCGACAUUGAACGGUUGUCUGUGAAUGAUGUGUGUCGUCGUCUGAAGGACCUAGGGUUAGAGAAACACUGUAAAAAGUUUAAGAAGUCUCUCAUCGAUGGAAAACUGUUAAAACGAAUAACUCGGAGAGCUCUGGAGGAGGAUUUCAGACUGAGUGAAGUAGAGAUCGUCAAGCUCAGUGCGUUCAUUGACGAGGGACACAUCCCUCAAUAGCACAGUGUACCAUGGUCUUUUGUGUAGAAAACAACAACAGCAGUAACUACAAAUUGUGCUUAUUGACUUUAGUUCUUGUUAUUUCGUACUUGUUGUUUAAAUAUAUUAAAAACUGAGCAAACAUCACAGAGAUAAUUUAAUUGGAGUAUAGGGACUUACUGUCAACUGCCUUGACAUCGCGGACUAUUUUAUGAACCACCUUAAUGUCACUUUAGUCGUGAUCCAAA